AUGGGUGGUUCGUCUUAUAUUGCACUUCCAGAUGACAUGAAAAAUAAAAAAGCAAUUAUCAAUCCCCAAAACUCAGACCAACAGUGCUUCAAGUGGGCAAUUCUGGCAAGACACGUUUCGGGUAAUGCCAAAAAUCAAGUGGCUGAAAAUUAUACAUCGCUCGAGGACAAAUAUAAUUUUUCUGAUAUAACAUUCCCAACACCUGUGAGGGAAAUAAAAACAUUUGAAAAAAAUAAUCCUAAAAUAUCAGUCAACGUUUAUGGAUUAAAAAAAGAAAAGAAUAAGAAACAUAUUGUUUAUGCAAUAAAAAUGACAUGCAAUUUUUGUAAAUGUAUUUUUUCCGACAAAAACCAAAAGGAUCCAGAUCACUGCCAUCCAUCAGAUAAAUCUGGACAAACUUUAUGUAAUAAUUGCAAUAUGAAACUCCAAAAAUGUAACUUUGUACCAUGCUUUCUCCACAAUUUGUCUAAUUAA